UUCACCAAUGUGUACGAGUCCGCGGAGGAUACGUUCCUGUUGUUAGACGUGCUGGAGGCAGCAGCGGCUGAACUGACAGGAGUGGAAAUAUGCCUUGAAGUAGGAUCAGGGUCUGGAGUGGUAUCUGCAUUCCUAGCCUCUAUGAUAGGUCCUCAAGCUUUGUACAUGUGCACUGAGAUCAACCCUGAAGCAGCAUCUUGCAGUCUGGAGACAGCACACUGUAACAAAGUCCACAUUCAGCCAGUAAUUACAGACUUGGUCAAAGGCUUAUUACCAAGAUUGAAGGAAAAAGUUGAUCUUCUGGUGUUUAACCCCCCCUAUGUAGUGACUCCACCUGAAGAGAAACAGGAGCUGAGGUACUUCUGGUGUGUGCCCGUGAGCCAUGAAGGAUCAAAAGCAGGCCCAGCAAGGCUCAGGUAGCAGGCAAGCAGCAGACUACCAAACAUGACUCCUUUCUGGAAAGAUGGAAACACUCCCUCUGUGAGCAUUUUACCUGAUGAAACAUCCAUAGAAUGGGCUCCGCCAAAAUACAAGGGUUAAACCAAGGAAGAGGAAGACAAGAGCCCCAGAAAAAGAAGUAAUUCUAGGAAUGCCAGAAAAGAGAAGUCUCUAGGAGGAAAGUCUUGACAGAAAACAGAGGAACUGAUAAGUUUCCUAACAUAAUUUGUGGAAAAUUGUAUCGGGACGUUUAUGAUAGAUAUGGGAAUAAUUUAAAAUAGAUACAAAAAGGGGCGCCCGGUGGCUCAGUUGCUUAGGUGUCCAACUCUUGGUUUUGGCUCAGGUCCUGAUGUCAUGGGUGGUGCAAUCUAGCCGGCAUGGGACUCAGCGGUCAGCAGGA